UGGGUAGGUCCAGGGCAGGGCGGGGUCAUCCCGCAGUCCAGCACUCCCGGAUGGGCGCCAGGGCAGGCGCAGACCCGAAGCGGGCCAGGCUCAUGGCUGUGCGGCCGUUGUUGCUGCUGUUGUCUCUCCGACUCCAGGCUGCCUCCUCCCCUAGUCCCUCGCAGCCCCCAGGAAACGCAGAUGAGCUCACAGGGGAACCGGAGGACCUGGAGCCUAUAGCCAGCGGGCUCUGGGGCUAUGUGGGCGGGGCCCAGGGCGGCCGCGAAGAUGACAUCACCCAAGUGUGCGGGAAGCCCAAGGUGAUAGGGAAGGUGUAUGGUGGCCAUGAUUCGGUGAAUGGCCAGUGGCCAUGGCAGGCCAGCCUGCUCUACCUGGGCCAGCAUCUCUGCGGAGCUGUCCUCAUUGACGCCCUCUGGCUACUUUCCACAGCCCACUGCUUUCUCAACAAAUCCCAGGCACCACAGGACUAUGAGGUCCUCCUGGGGAACACCCAGCUGUACCAGCACACCCAGCACACCCAGAAGAUGCUCGUGAACCAGAUUAUCACCCAUCCAGACUUUGAGAAGCUCUAUGUCUUCGGGAGUGACAUUGCCAUGUUGCAGCUGCACCUGCCUGUGAACUUCACACCCUAUGUGGUUCCUGUCUGCCUCCCACAUGCAGACAUGCAGCUGCCCAGUCAAACGUCCUGUUGGAUAACUGGCUGGGGAAGGCUCUCCGAGAAGAAGCCAUUGUUACCGCCCUACUCUCUCCAGGAAGCUAAGGUGAGUCUUAUGAAUAGCACGAUCUGCAAUACCUUCUAUGGGCAAACACCUGGAGAAGGCAGGAACUACUCUGUGCAGGAGGAGAUGCUGUGUGGGGGGGACUUCUCAACAGGAAAGGCCAUCUGCCAAGGCGAUUCUGGGGGUCCUCUUGUCUGCUCUGGCCCCAAUGCCUGGGUCCUGGUGGGACUGGCCAGCUGGGGCCUGGACUGCAGGCAUCCUAUCUACCCCAGCAUCUUCACCAGGGUUGCCUACUUCAUUGACUGGAUCAGUAAAGUCAGGAAGCAGAGUUCUCUGCCAGACCCGCCUCCCACAGACUUUCCAUCCCGGCCUCUGAGAGCUUCCGGCUGCCCCGGGCCCUGGAACACGCUCAUGUGCACACAGACCUGGCUCCUUCUGCCAUUUAUCCUCAUGGUACAGCAGCAGGUCCCUGGGUGACUGUCAGGGCCCUACAUAUUUCCUCUGCCCAGGCCCCCGGCCUCUUGCUGCAGCUUCUCUCACUCAAGUCCACUGUUGAUCUAAACAGCUCCUUUCCUCAGCUUCCCUGCCCAUCAUCUGCCACUCCCAAAGCCAAGUUCAGCAAACCAGCCCAAAUAAAAGACUCAUCCUCCUGUU